AUGGCGGAGGGUGCCGUCGAGAGAUUCAAGCCCCGGGGCGGGCUUCCUCCCCCAUCGCAAGCUGCUUCUCCGAGGGGUGCCUUUUUCCCGGGGAGGGGUGACUUAGCUCGAGAUAUGGGGCCGUUCCCCCCUUCGGGUACUUCCGGCGGUGAUUUCCGUAUGGAGAGCUUAAACCCUAGCGCCGACUCCCGCAGGCAGGCAUCGAGAUCGGUUGGCCCCGUCUCCUCCGCGGCGGCAUCUUCUUCUUCGGGAGUUAUCGGAAGGAAAUCGGACGGCGGGGUGUUUCGCCCUCGAGGGUCGGAUUCGGAGAUUAGCUUCGGAAUCACAUUUCGAAGAAUCGUGAGUGCGUCUCUGAUGCGAGAUUUUUUGGUUCGGGGUUUUUCGAUGGAAUGGGAAAGACUUACAUGGUAGAAUCGUAACCAUAGAUUAGGCGAGAUUGUUCGAUUAGGGGUCUCAUGAUUGGUGUUUCUGUCAAAAACUUCGCCGAUGUCGUUUGGGUUGCAUUUUUUCCCUUCUUUAUUAGGCAUCAUUCUUCCAUCCAGAUUUAUCUGGUUGUUGGUUGGUUUUAAAGAGACGUGUAGGCGUAUUUCUUCUCGAAAAAAGAUGAUAUUUCAUGGUUAAUUGUAAUCGUUACAGUUUUGUCGAGAAUUACGCCUUAGAUCUUGGGAGUUAUUCGGCGUGCAUAAGCUCCUUCCACCUUUGAAAGUCGCAACCUUAUUGUCAUCAUGCUUUUACAUUGAGGUGUUGCCUACAGUUUUAAAUGGGUCGUCUCUCGACUCCAUAGUAUUUAUGUUCUUUGCUGCCUGCUCAAAAAUUGGUAUGUUUUCAUGGUUCUAAAACUGUGGCAAUCACACUUUUGCGUUGGUUGCGGUUCCUCUUAUUGAGUUUUUUCCUUAUUGUACGUAUUCUCUAUGAAAAAAUUCUUCUUUGAUACAUCCUUAAUCUUCGAUGUGUUGAUCUUCCUUUCAAUGACUGAACUUAAUAUCAUGUAGGGUGCUGGUUUGGCAAACCUCGGGAAUACGUGCUUCCUUAAUUCUGUUCUCCAGUGCCUGACGUAUACAGAACCAUUUGCUGCCUACUUGCAGAGUGGGAAGCACAAAUCCUCUUGUAAGCCUUUUCUCUGUGUCAUUUGUUGUAUUCUCCAACGUUGGUGUAUGAUAUAUUUUGCAUGCAUUUUUAUGAAUGCUUUUUUAUUGUUGAAGUGUGUGAUCUGAAUCAGUUUCCAGAUUGUUGUCAUAUCACUAGAAGGCUAGGGCUUGAGAGUCCUUUGUUUACGCAUAUCUCAUGAGCAUUUUUUGUAAGACUUCUGAUUGUAGCUGUAUACGGUACUCAUCAACUGCUUUACUGUGGUAAUCCUUUUUGCUGGCUAGUCAUAAAACAUGCACUUUCUGAUCAAUGUUGGUCUUCGAUGUUGCUCGGAAGUGGAUUAACUUGUGCUGGCUACUGAUAUUUUUUCUAAUUUUAAUAUCUAACGGUAAGUUCCUUUUUUUGUAGGUCGUACUUCUGGAUUUUGUGCAAUGUGUGCCCUCCAGAACCAUGUCAUGGAUGCCCUUCAGUCAACUGGAAAAAUUUUGAGGCCCUUUCACCUUGUAAAGAACUUGAAAUGUAUCCUAAAGUAUGUUGAUAUUAUACUUUGAGUAUGGGCCAAACUGAGAAUCAAUUUUUUUUAUAAAGGGAACUGCUUUACUUUUCCAGAUCAUAUGAAUCUUCUUUUAAGCUCUGCACUUGGUUUACAGAUGAUGUUGCCAUCUUCUCUUUCUUUUGUCUCGUGUGGUUUGUGUUUCUUGACCAUACAAUCAGGCAUUUCCAGAAAUUUUCGUUAUGCGAGACAAGAAGAUGCCCACGAGUACAUGGUGAACUUACUUGAAUCGAUGCACAAGUGUUGCCUGCCCUCUGGCAUUGCGAGUGAAUCUCCCAGUGCUUACGAGAAAAGCUUGGUCCAUAAAAUAUUUGGUGGCCACCUCAGAAGCCAGGUACUGUUUUGCUGUAUUGUGUUUCUCAUGAGAAGCUUCCUCUAAAACAGCAUGUUAAUUUUAAUAAAUAAAGUAAACAACCUGUCACGUAUAUGGACAAUAUAGUAAAUGAGCAUGAAAAGAAGAUAGAAGGAAGACUUAAAUAUGAAUACCAAUUUUUUUCGAAUAAUUUCACUGACAUAGCAUGAACCCUGUUGUUGUACCAAACCCUGCAGGUUAAAUGUCUGCAAUGUUCCUUCUGUUCAAAUAAAUUUGAUCCAUUCUUAGAUUUGAGUCUGGAAAUAAUGAAGGCAGAUACUUUGCAUAAGGCACUUUCUCAUUUUACUGCUGUGGAGCAAUUAGAUGGUGGUGCGAAGCAAUACCAAUGCCAACAAUGCAAACAGAAAGUUAAGGCUGUGAAGCAGUUAACCAUCCAUAAAGCCCCUUACGUUCUUACAGUUCAUCUGAAGCGUUUUGGGACUGCUUUGCUUGGUCAGAAAAUAGACAAGAAAAUUGAAUUUGAACCUUCUUUGGACUUGAAGAAAUAUGUCAGCGGUCCCAAUGUGAGUAAAUGUUAGCCUUCCGUGGGCGUGUCAGUAAGAGGGUUCAACAUACCUUCCAAAUUUAACUUUUGUUUCUUCUUCAACUUUUCCAGGAUGGUGACUUGAAGUACACACUCUAUGGUGUGCUGGUACAUGCUGGUUAUGCUACUCAUAGUGGUCACUAUUACUGUUUUGUUCGCACAUCCAGUGGAGUAUGGUACUCUCUUAAUGAUCACCAGGUAAUCUUCAUGUUUGGCAUAACAUUGUGCAUACGUACUACCUAUGAUUAUUUUGAAUUAUAAGCUACAACAACGACAACUUUCCAACAUUACCUAUCCUUUUUAUGAAUUUUUUCUUUCUUUAGGAUGCCAGUCAUCUUAUCUCCUUUACUAUCCCCCCAUCUGUAUUCAUGUCAAUUUCAGAACAAUGCGCUUCCAGGUAAAACAAGUUCUUGCGCCUGUUUUUUUCAUAGAUCAUUGUGGAUGGCUCUCAUUUGGGUUUUUUUCCAUUCAAACGUGUGUAAGCAUGUUCGAUGCUCUCGUUAUAUCUAACUCAUUACAUGCUAGGUAAAACUGCUUUAUUAUGUUUUUUUUUAAGCACGGGAUGUGAAAAUGUCCUUUGGUCGGUUUGUUGGAUCGGGAGAAAAACUAGAUUAUUGGAGCGAAAAAACGUUUGGAGAAACCUUAAUUUUGACAUGGACGUUUCUUGGCACAUGAAAAAGUCAUUUGUAAAGAAGUUUUGAUUAAUUUAAUGGCCACGUUGCAGGUUUUCCAGGUUUCUGAGAAGACUGUCUUGCAGCAAAAAGCUUAUAUGCUGUUUUAUGUUCGUAAUAUGAGUUCUGCCGCUCAAAAAGUACGGAAUGCUGUCAGCAAAGAGAACGGGGUGCCAACUGGCUCUGUAGGUAGAAGCCUUCCUGCGCCUUCCUUGGAUUCAGGAAGGGCGAUUCAUGAUUGUGUAAGAGAAAGUGGAAUCAAACAUUAUAGCCCCUGCUCAAAUAAUGGUUCCAACUCCCUUGUGGGAUCCAUGCCACCGAAGAGCACUCAAAUUGAGAAACAGUCUGCAAAGAACGCUUCUAUUUCUCCAUGUCUGAUAACAAACGAUGCAAAACGUACAAUAUUGAAUGGCUCUGCAACUCAUCCUUCGCCAAAGUUUUCCUCUAUAAAGGAACCAUCUCCAUCUGUAUCUCCUCUUUCAAGUUUGACAAGUGAAGAUUUGGUGUCAGAAGGCCCUGCCCAGAAACCUUCAUCCGGAGGCAGUUCCAUCCAGUUGCUUGAGAAAGACCUGAUGCAGACAGCUCAAUCCAAGGAUAGGUCUGGCUUCACGGCGAGUAAAGCCUCGGAACGAUUGUCCUCAGCAGAUGAGACACUUCUCUCUGUCAAGUAUUGUAGUGUACCUGCAGUUGCCCAGAAUAGUCAUAUAGAAACGAAUCUACCGCAUCACUCUGACUGUAAGGUUCCCAUUGGAACUGGGCCCAAGGUAAAAAACUGUUCUUCACUUUGGUUUCACAUCUUGAAAUACUUAUGCAUUCCUUCUUGCUAGGUUUUUAUACCUUUUCCUCCUGAUUUUCUCUGCACGUACAGGAUGGUAUUUUGAGUGGGGGAGGAGCAAAUGAGCCCCUGUAUCCAAAGAUUCCAGAAAAUAUUUCCGCUGAAGGUGGUCAGGUUGAUGCAAUCUGCAGCAAAGCUAGCACUUCAUCUUUUUCUACUCAAAAGGAAGAUGUGGGAUCUGAUGAGAUCCACAAAGCCGUCAUGAGACGAAGACGGCCCACGCUUCCUGAUCUUAGGAAUAUGACCUUUGGGCCAGGCAGACUGUUUGCAUAUUUAAAUCUGUCGAAAAAAAAGAAACAGGGGAGAAUCAAGGAUUGUUCAACUAAUCGCAAACGGAAGCAUGGGUUAUUGGGGAGCGCUGACCAGGGAGAUCAGGGGCCAUCAACAUCUGCAGCAACCAAGAUGGAGCCUCCAAAGAAAGUGCGGAGGAGAAAGGGUGCUGUGAGGACAGAGAAGGAGAUCUGUAACAGGUCAGAGGGUGUAGAUCGCACCUCUGGGGAGAUGGGUUUGAGCAAUCUCAAGGGCGGUUCUACCAAAGAUCCAGAUUGCACUGUGCGAUGGGUGAAGACUAGUGAGACGCGCUUGAGCUUAGAUGAGUCUUGCAGUCCAUCUUAUCACAACUCUUUGAAUAUGUUGGUGAGGAGUUUGGGGGAGGCGCCAGGUGUGUGUGGUCAACUAUAGAAGGGCUUGAUGCUUCAUUUUUUUUUAUUAUUUUAUCACAUUUUAUUUGACCUAACUUCUUCACUUAAUUUGCAGUUUCACAGCCAGAUAGCACGUUAAGUAAUGAGCCUAAGAGCAUUGGUUCUGUGGUGGAUAAAUGGUAAGUCAUUCAGAUAAUUAUAUGUGGCUCGAAUUAUAAAUCCAAAGAAGUAUAUUUUGACUACGAACGAAGGUCUUAUCAUCAACCAGGAAGAUUUUAUGAACGUGAUGAAAUUUCUUGCCUAAAAAGUCAGCAGAAAUUGUUACACAGCUAUGAUCCUGAAAAUCUGGGUUAUAAUCCGAUUCCAGACACGAUGGUUUUGAAAUCAGUUGGGUCUCGCUCAUUAUUUUCCUUUCUCAGGGGGAAAGAAGACGGCCAGGGCAGGAGGAGGAAGGCAAGGCGGAGAAGGCCCAGGCCAACCCUUGUCAGAAACCCGUUCCUGGGUCUUGCAGCAGUGAUAGCUCAGAAAAAGCCCCGGAUUGACCAGCGCAACUCCGGAAGCAAGCCAUUCAGGAUCCAUGGCGGCGGAGUGAAGUAUUAG